UAUCGGAAGCUCAUGUGGAUCCCAAUCAGACCUCGAACUGCAAGGCUUCCGCUCCGCCUCUAGCCUCGCCAUUGUAAACAAAAAACCACCCAAACACCCCUCCCCAUACUUUUCCCAAAAGCUCCAUAUUUAGUUUUGCUCCCAGACGUGCAACAAAACGUUGGAGGAGUUGAGGGUUGCGAGGCUACCGAUUCAAGAUCUUUCUAAUCACAAUUGGACUAUUUAACAACAACAACAACAACAACAACAACAACAACAAUUGCGCAUUAUAAUCUACGAAUUACGAAUUAAAUCAUGGAUGAUGUAGAAGUCGAAGAUGAUUCCGCUGCAAUGGCAGCCAUGAUGGGAUUCUCUGGUUUCGGAAACCAAAAUGCACUUUCUAAGAAACGUAAAUUCAACACCGCGACUGAUGCAUUUGUCGAAGGUGUAGAGUUGGAGAAGAUUGAUCGGGGAGGAAAGAAGGGACAGGGAAGUGGUGGGAAUCAGAUUCCUCUAGGCAAAAUGAGGGUUAUGGGGGUAAAUACUGUGGAGAAGAAGAACAAUGAGGAAAUCGAUUUGGGUGAUGAUGAGGAUGUGGAUGGGGAUGGAAAUGGAGAAGAUGAGGGCCCGAGAUAUCUGGAUACGAGUGCGCCGCCUCCGAUAUUUGAUGGGAUUGAAGGAGGUGAACAUGCUUUGGGUCAGGAUGGGGUAUCGCAGGAUCCAGCAAUAGUGGAAGAAAGACGGAAAGCACAAGAACAAAUUGAUGCGAUUUUAGCUGCUGCACCCGAGCCUGUCAGUACAAAUAUCUCACAGCCGGCGUCGGGAUUGCCGCAUGGUCUUCCAGAAAAACCAGUUUAUAGCAAUAUGGGAUUUAAAGGGAGUGCUGGGGGUAAUAGGGGAGGAAGAAGCGGAAGAAGUGAUGCAGGGAGCAUGGCAAGUUCAAGGCCCAGUGGACGGGGAGCAUUCAAUGAGAAAUGGUAUGAAGGAUAUUACGAUCAAACUUUCAACGAGAAUCCAUGGGCGAAAUUGGAGCAGAAGAUGAGGCUGGGAGCAAAGGGUAACUGGGUCUAAAUAUAGGUGGGACAUGGGAUAUGUUUAUUAUGGAGAAGACAAACAGACAGCACUUGCGACGAUGAUUUCUGCUAUUGCAUGAGAACAACCAUCAGAUACCCGAAGGAGAAGUGGUCAUCUAGGGAAACAAACAUACUAGGUAUGAGGUGAGGAGGUUUCAGAAUUUGGCCGUUUUACCAACUGUACAACACAAAUUGUAUUUGCAGUUCGAACCUGGACAUCAGGGAAGAGUUAUCCACAGGACAGGAGUUUUCAAAAUUUUAAUACCAAUGAUUUAUUAAAAGCUAGACAUUGAAUAGGUAUAUCCUGAC